AUAUUUGAAUGGAGACAUCUACAGCAUGUUUUUCCAGUCACAUACAGUACACGGGUAACUGAUAUAAAACCAGGGUGCCCGCACAGUAAUUGCAGGCUGGUAUAGAACAGUACAAUACAGUACAGGCUCCACCAUAUAAGAGGUGAGAGAGACUCGGUGUGACGUCACCAGUGCCCGCCUCCACUUUUGAGCCUUCUCUGUAAUUGGCACCUUGUUGUGGUGACAAGAUUAUAUUUUCAGUACACUACUGUACAGUACAGUAGUGCGAUACUGCAAUAUCAGGCAUGGCUGGCUGCGCGUUCUUUUUGUGCGUGUGCUCGGUGGUGAUGAGCGCGCAUGGCCAGACUCACCAAAGACCGGCUCCUCUGAUCGAGAUGAACGAGACCAGAACCGAAUCCGCUGUGGAGUUUCUGCAAUGCAACAAGGCGGCGUGGCGCGUUCCCGGUCGCUACAUGGUCAUGCUGCAUCGCCAGGGCGACGUGCACGGAAGCGUCCGGAGGCUGACGGCCACCGCGGCCUUGAGCGGCCACCGAGUGGAGGUCCUACGCACCUUCUUCUUCUUUUCAGGGGCUCUUCCAGGCUUCCUGGUCAAGAUGAGCAGUGAUGUCAUUCAACUGGUGCUGAAGCUCCCUCAUGUCCAAUACGUGGAGGAGGACUCUUUCAUCUUUGCUCAGAGCGCCCCCUGGAACCUCCGCAAGUUACUGAAGCCUCACCCUGGCAGCACCUUGGAAAACGCAACGUACAAUCCGCCCAAUGACGGCGGCAUGGCGAAGGUUUAUCUGAUGGACGGCAGCGUUCGGGGUUCUCACAGGGAGCUGCAAGGACGAGUGGUCGCCACAGAUUUCAGCGAGAUCCUGGAGGAAGAUGCAGUCAAAGCUAGUCGAUGCAACAGUCACGGCACGCACGUAGCGGCCGUGGUGAGCGGGGCGGACUCGGGUGUGGCCCGAGGUGCAGGCGUCCACUUGGUGCCGGUGUUCAACUGUCAUGGGCGAGGUUCCGUGUCGGGGGCUCUGGCAGGCUUGGACUACAUUCGGGAAAGCGUACGUGGGCGUUCAACUGUCGUGUUGCUGCCUUUCGUCGGCGCCUUCAGCCGCUCGCUGAACGCGGCCAGUCGCGAGCUGGUGGCGAGCGGCGGCGUGGUCGUGGCUGCAGCCGGGAACUACCGAGACGACGCCUGCCUCUACUCGCCGGCAUCCGAACCUGAGGUGAUCACUGUGGGGGCGGUCGAUGUUUUGGACCGGCUGGUGGCGCAAGGGGCGGGCGGCACCAAUUUCGGGCCGUGCGUAGACCUAUUUGCGCCCGGUGAUGACAUCAUCGGCGCUAGCAGCGAAUGCGACACCUGCUUCACGGCCCGCAGCGGAACCUCACAAGCGGCCGCGCACGUGGCAGGCAUCGCGGCAGUGAUCCUGUCAUCCAAUCAGAAAGCGUUGCCACUGCAGGUCCUUCACACACUGUUACGCUCCUCCACCGGCGGUACCGUGGACGUCCGCCCGCUUUUGGGAACGUAUCGCCUUACCACCCCUAACCUGGUGGCCGCCAUGCCACCUCCUGUCAACAACACAACAAGUGGGGGGCUUCUGUGUCGCUCUGUGUGGUCAGCGAGGCCCGGAGCCUCCGGUGCAGACCAGAGCAUCCCCAAGACAAUUGUUCAUUGCCGUCGGGGGGAGCUGAUGAUGGGCUGCAGAAGCUACCAUCCACACAGAAGCCGACCAGGACAAGCCAUUCACGUAAAACCUGCCGAUGCGAUGGAGUGCGAGGCCCGUGGGGCAGUUCACGCCGUGGCCCGCUGCUGCGUGACGGACGGCCCGCCACUCCGCUUAUCAGGCUCCGAGUGCAGAGUGUCAGAAUCGGGGGUCCGCCCUUCCUGUCCUCCGGGCUGGACCCCGACCGAGUGGAGGCCGGUUGCCGGGGGCGACGCCAAGAGGGCCGACGCCGAGGGGGUCACCGUCUGCUGUCGUAGCAAAAGAGUGUAAACUUGUGUACCUAAUGAUGCGGCCAAUCAGCAGCAAGCAGCAUGAAAUCAAAUCAAGCAAUCAAAUGGAACACUUGAUGAGGCGGCAAUCAACUUGAUUGCAGUCGCCCUGAUUAACAUUUAAGACUGCAUGUGGCUUUUUAGAAUUUAAGUUCAUGGCGGUAACUGUUGUUCACUUCAAACCUGAUUAUUAUAUUCAUGUCUUACUGGAAUUAUUCAAAAUUUGUUUUUACAUUACAAAUUACAUUCGACUACUGUCACCAUUCUCUGCCAUCUAAAAUUCUUAAAUUUUUUUAACAAAGAUAACAUUUCAUAGAAUGAAUAAUAUCAAUUUCCCUCAUAGUCAAAGUAAAUGUAAUCCAACUAGCGAAGGACACAAUCUUCACAAGAACUAAAAUCUAAUGAAAGUAAUAUGAUAAUACGUUUUGUUUUUUUUUUGGGGGGGGAUUGAUGAUAGAGGGAGUAUUUUUUAAAUAUUUAUGAAUGAAGAAAAAAAUGGGAAAAGGGGACUUUUCUCAACCGGGGCAAAAGUGCUGGUGCAUCACUAGGGGUCUCUCUGUGCACAUGCCUGCUAUAAGGCUAACUACUGUAUAUUAUGAGGUACAUCGUUACAUUUAUGCCUCCAAAAAUGAUGACCAUCAUUUUAGGGGGCAAAAUAUAAGGAACUCACUUUUGGUACGUUGU